CUCAGCCGGCAGUGAGUAAAGUCACGUCACGCGUCAGCUGAUUCAUUCACCUUCGCGUCACCUUAAUAUCUGCAUUGUCGGCGUGGCAUAGGCCUAUUUCCCUAGGUGGUAAUUGCUGUUAAGAAACAGUAAACAUGGAACUUCAGUGUGCUGUUCAGAAAUAUGCCUGGGGUGUUAGAGGGAUGUCAAGUAGCGUGGCACAGCUUGCCAAGGCUGCCAAACCUGAGCUUGAAGUAGCAGAGGAUCAGCCGUUUGCAGAGCUGUGGAUGGGAACGCACCCCAGUGGUCCAGCUGUUAUAAAGGGUACUGGUGGGACUUUGGGAGACUACAUCAGCAAGCAUCCUGAUGUCUUAGGAUCACCUGUUAUCCAGAAGUUUGGCAAAUCUCUUCCUUAUCUGUUCAAGGUGCUAAGUGUAAACCAAGCUCUGUCCAUCCAAGCUCACCCAAACAAGAGUCAUGCCGAGCAACUGCACAAGGACCGCCCUGAUGUGUACAAGGAUCCAAACCAUAAGCCAGAAAUGACCAUCGCCCUCACACCAUUCCAAGCAUUGUGUGGCUUUAGACCUGCAGAACAGAUUGUAAAGCAUUUAAAAGAGAUUCACGAGCUCAAGAAGGUAAUUGGAGAUGCAGCAGCUGAUGCAUUUAUUGAAAAUCCAACAGAGGAUAAUUUAAAAGCUUGUUUUUCGGCAAUGAUGAAUGCAUCGAAAGACACCAUUGCCUCAGCUCUUAGUGAAUUACUUCAGAGAUUCCCAGGAAUGGACUCGGGAAAAGGCCAAGAGCUUCUUCGGGCAUUGUUCCUCACACUUCACGAAAAAUAUCCUGGUGACGUUGGCUGUUUCUCCAUCUACCUUCUGAAUUAUCUGACCCUACAGCCUGGAGAGUCGAUGUUCCUUGGGCCUAACAUCAUUCAUGCUUAUUUGCUGGGAGAUUGCAUUGAGUGUAUGGCGUGUUCAGACAAUGUCGUUCGAGCUGGACUGACGCCUAAAUACCAAGAUGUAGAAACAUUAGUGUCGAUGCUCGAAUAUGGAAUGGUUCCUGCUGAGUCGAGGAAGUUCCAAGGGUCGAAGGUCGACCAAUUCACGACUUUCUACAAUCCUCCAGUUCCAGAUUUUGCAGUUGAUAUGAUUGAGGUUCCAGCUAGUACAAAUGAAUUCACCCUGAGAAAGGUGGACAGUGCCAGUAUCCUCUUAGUAGUUGAAGGAGAAGCAGACAGCGUUGAGGUAUCUCCCCAGCCUGUGGGAGACGUGCCAGUUGCAACGUCAGCGCAACGAGGAUCUGUCUUAUUCUUGGCGGCCGGGCAGUCUUUGUCGCUAAAAUUCAAAGCAGGGUCACGUUUCCUGGCGUUCCGUGCUGUUUGUGUCUUAUAGAAGUGCUAUUAUACAAUUGUGCUAGUAGCAUUACUCAAAAUUGGUAAGAUAUUAAUACAGAUGUGUGAUGUUGAUGUUCAUGCACAUCUGUGUGAUUAGUUUAUAGUUGCAGAUUUCUUAAUGUGUUCUCAGUUGACUUUUGAAUGUUGGUCAUGGGUUUGGACUUAUGCAAUGGAAUGGUAUGUAUUUUGUGCACAGGGGAUAAAUUAAUAGUAUUAAGGUAAUAGCAGAAGGUGAAAAAGAGCCUAUAUUUAAAUAGUUUACUAAAAAGUAGUAUUAUUCGUGAGAAAAUGGGUUAUUAUGACCUUAAUCUGUAAAUUCACAAAUAUAUUGAGGUUAAGCCUUUUUUCCACAACUGAGAAAAAAUAUUUCUUGUUAUGAGUGAGAGACAAAAUUAAGAUUAAACAUAUAUUCUUAUAUUGUAUUUUUCAUAUUCAUUAGAUUAUUUAUUUGUUAUAGCAAAAAUUAAAACCAAAGACCAUAGAUCUUAUCUUAAAUUACCAAUUUUUCAUCCAGAUUUCUGUAUAAUGCAUUAAAAACUAAAAUAAAAUAAGAUUUGUUUUAAUUUGCUUAACAUUAAUGUGAAUUGGGUAUAUACAAAACAAACAAUCAAGGUAUUACUAGAUUUAUUUAACAACAUGGAUGUAAAAACAAAUGCAGUCAGAAUCUCUUGGAAGCAUACCACUAGAACAUCAAACAAACAAAAACACUGCCAUAAAUAGCAACAUAAAUAAAUAUUUUGUAAAGCCAUUUCGACACUUGUUGAACCAAAAUUUGAACUUUCAGAAGUUAGAGCAUUCAAUUUACAUGGAUUUAUACAUUGAUUUUGUCAUUAUUAUUAUGCGUACAUUCACUCUUUGGUUUAUGAAAUACAGAUAUAGUUUUUAUUGGAGAUAUUUUCUGACAACAAACUUACAUGAUAAAUUCAGGGGAAAUAAAUAAUAUACAGUUCA